AUGGCACAUACAGCCUCCCCCGUCCCCACACCGUCGAACCCUAUCGAGCAUCAGGGCAGGACUUAUCAGUCCUACCCAGGCUCGAACUAUGUCCUGCCUUCCGACGCGGCCGAGAGAGAGAGGUACGUCCCCGUGAUAUCUGUAGCGGACACCACGCUGAUGACAUGGACAAGGCUUUCCCUUCAGCACCGCUUGCUGAAAAGCGUGUACGAGAAUCGAGUGAUCCUCCCGCCUGUCAACAUAUCAUCCGAAGAUUGCGUACUGGACAGUGGCACCGGCUCAGGUACUUGGUUGCUCGACGCGAUCGAGUCCUUCCCUGCGUCUACUACUGUUGACGCGGUUGAUAUCGAGUCUCGCCUCUGGCCUGUGGACGACCCCCGCAUCAUCGAACGAGGGAACGUCAACUUCCACGUCGGAAACGUCACCUCUCUUCCGGAGGACUGGACCGCUCGCUUCAAGCUCGUCCAUCAGAGACUGCUCGUUGCGGCCCUGCGCUCGCCGGAAUGGACCAAAGCGCUCGAAGAGAUCUCCCGUGUGCUGCAGCCUGAUGGGUGGGUGCAGCUCGGUGAGGUCGGGCCCUGGAAGGCAGGCCCGACGACGGCGCGGCACCUCGCGCUAUUUCGGGCGCUCUUCCGCGACAAGGACCUCGAUCUUGACUGCGCCACACACAUCCCUGACGUGCUCCGCGAGGUCGGGUUCACAGAUGUCACCGUGGAGGAGCGCACGAUGCCGAUAGGCAGCUGGGCGGGGCAGCUGGGCAUCGACGCACGGGACGACUUAAUUAGCGUGUUUAGAGGCGUGAAGACCCCCAUUCUCAAUGCUGGAGGAUAUGGCUUCGUUGCCUCGGAGACGGAGUUCGAGAAGCUCCUCGACGAGGUGGAGAGGGAGAUUGACGAGACCCCAGGAGCGGAGGCCAAGUUCUACAUCAUAUAUGCACGCAAGCCCUCUGUCAACGUGCAUGCGUGA